CCCAUCAGUACAUAGCCCUGACGACAAGAAUAUGAUGCCUGGGAUCCAACUGUCGUGGUGGGCGGAGUUCCAGUCCACUCUGCACUCUUCUGACAGAUUCUCAGCUCCUCUCCCUCGAGGAGGUAACCAGGGAAACAAGAGUAGGUGGCAGUGGCACCGACCCUGUUGCCAAUCUGGAUCACCUGACCGUUGUCGGGGAACUCCAGAACCUCGCACUGUACCACUGCAGGAAAAAGACAAGGCAUACAGCUCACUGGAGCAAGUUCAGUCGCCAACAUUCAAACAAGUCCAGGUUCCAACAACUAUACUAAAGCAACUGUGUACCAGU